AUGAUCGCUUACAAUAAAGAGCUUUAUCGAGCAAACUAUGUGCACAUUUCGCCGAGUUACAACCCACGUGAACAGUGGUAUCGAAUUGCGAAACACGAUUGGGCACUUUUGCAAUUGGAAAGGAAAAUCCCGUUGAAUGAUUUGAAUUGUCAAUCAAAAAUACGCCCAGUUCCAAGCAUUUGGACAAAUGAGACUGAUGGAAUGGCGAAAAAAAAAUGUUUUCUCAUUGGAUUUGGACAAACCGAAGAUCCUUCCUAUACCAUAUGGCCACCCAUGCAAAAGGUGGCAGAGAUCAUUUCAAUGAAAGGGGAUCCUACAUUCAACACCGUUCUCAUUGAAUCGACUCAUCGCAAUGCUGCAGCUUGUCAGGGUGAUUCGGGUGCCCCAGUGGUUUGUCGAAUCAAUGAUAAAUGGUAUGCGAUCGGUUUGCUCAUUGGUGGCACUUUUCACUCGACACAUCAUAAGACCCAUGUUGAAACUUGCUUGAAUAUCAAGAGAAAUGCGUUUGUUCCUUUUGAGACUUUAUUUUCCGAUUUUGGCGUGAAUGGGAGAACAACUCCAUUAAUGUCAGCUUUGAAAUAUCUUCGACGUUUCGAUGAUGUGCUUCGUUUUCAAAAAUGUCAU